AUGGAAACAGAAUACAAUAGUAAAAAAAAGCCCUUAGUGAAUUCGUAAGGCCCUUCAUUUUAAUCGUUUUUUUGUAAUGAAAUGAAUAACAUUAGGGAAAUCCUAUGUAGAAUUUGAUUAGGAUGAUUCUGAAAUUAGUUUAAAUUAGCUUCUUCCUUUUCUAUUGAAAAUGAUUUAUGUUUAAGCACUUAAUUUAAUAUUGGUUUAUAUUAUAGCCUUUUUAACAUUUUAUUUGGAAAGCUUUUAAAAUUUACUAAUUAACAAUAAUAGUGAUUUUGUCUAUUAAACUUUCCUUUUGGCUUUUAUUAUAUUAUUUUUCAUAAUAUUAUGCACAAGAAAAAUAAAAAAUGUAAAUGUUUUAUCAAUUAAAGAUGAUAAUUAAAUUGAUUAUAUUAAUUAUAAUGUCCAUAGUAGUCAUAAUACUAUUUGGAAAUAUUUUAGGAUUGAUUGUGAUUUAUUUUCCAAAAGAAUCAACAAUAAUGUUUCUAGUUUAUAUACUCCUCACAAGUUUUACUAUGUUGAUUUCCUUCAUAAUGGUAUUAAAAAUAGUUUCACCUGAAAAAUUUACAUUUGAAAGUAAUUUUAUAUAACAAAUUUAGAAUUGGUAGCUGCAUCAACUUUAUCUUAAUUAAUUUUAUUUAUAAUAUUUAUUAGUAUCUACAGUUAAGAGUGGUUAUUUAUUGUAAUAAUCUGGAUCUUUCAUUACUUAUAUUGUAUGUGUUUUGUUUAUGUGCUUUUGUAAAUUUCAACUGGAUAAAAUGUAUUUAAUAAUUAAAUUACCAUAGAAAAAAAUUAAGGUUCAAGGAAAUAAUACUGUAGAUUAUCUGAUGGCAGGAUUAGUUAUUUAUGUCGAAUCAACUUGUCUAUCAAUAGACUUUGUUCCAAUAAUAACUUUAUUUCUAAUUUUCGAAUCCAUUUCAAUAAUGUUUUGUAAAACAGAUGAAAAAUAUAUUUGA